CCUUGAUCAUCUCACGAUAACACAACGAAACUUCAAUAAAACUAUAACUACUUGAGCUUUAGUUGCGGUCAGUUGGCUUGAAGAAGUUCAAACACUAAAAAAAAGAAUCUUUCCAAAGUAAAAAUGUCUAACUCCGUUUUGAAGUUGGCCUUCGUAGCACUGGUGACCAUCUCGGCAACUUACGCGGGAAAGUGUCCCGAAAUUGAGCCAAUUCAGGACUUCAACUUGACUGGCUUUUUGGGCACGUGGCACGAGAUUGAGAGGUUCCCGAACAGAUACGAGUACUUCACCUCGUGUGUCGUCAGCGACUACAAGGUCACCGGCACAGACGAUGCAGGUACAACUAUGAAGAUAGACAUGGACUUCGUACGCUUCUACAAAUCUAGCAGCGGAUCACUCGAUACUCUCUACAGAAAGGGGGACACUAAAGGUGAGUUUAUCAUCAUGCCCGAGUAUGAGACGGAGCCGAAUGCGUUCAUCCUCGCAACCGACUACAAGACGUAUGCCCUCCAGUACUCAUGUGAAGAGAGCUUUCUCUGGGGCACAGUCGAAAUGGCCAGCAUCUUGUCUCGAUCGCAAGAAAUCUCUGCUGACAUCACAGCUAAGUUGAAGCAGAUAAUUGAUGACAUGGGGUCGGAUAGUUCCAAGUUCGAGGAACCAGAACAUCAGAACUGUCCAGGAACGCCUGGCUACCCGGAGAGCAGACCUUUCAAGUGGGUCAACUUCUCAUAGACGGAAGACAAACGCAUGCCGAAGAGAGUUCAACGCAUUGUUCCGUAAAAAAGACAUAGAUUUAUAAAACUUAAACAAUACAUGCGGAACUCAUGAUUGAAAUGUGAAUUUUGCUGUUAGACUUAUCAAUGCUAUACAGUAGAAAAUGAUUAUCAUGCAGCUAACUUAAUUAUCAGAAAAAAUUAUCAAUACAAGGACGCACGAUUCAACAA